ACAGGUGACAGAAGAACAGAACAAGCUAUCCGCUUUGAACCGUCAGGCUGAUGAGCAACGUAUGGAACUGGAGCGCCUAAGAACAGAAAAUUCCCGAGAAUCGGAAAACAGUGCGGCAAAUGUACGUGAACUGACCACCCAAAUCACUACCAGGCAGAGAGAGCUGUCUGAAGUCCAGACCGCAGUUAAUACCCUUUCCCACGAGAAGAUGACCCUGAUGCAGGCUUUGGAAUCGUUAAAAUCCGAACGAAAUCGAAUUCUCUCGGAUCUUGAAGCCAAACAACAGUCCUCGGUCGAGCUGGAAACGGACUUGAACAAACGUAGGCGUGAACUGGAAACUGUGACAGACCGUGUCCGAUCGGAGGAAGAUCGGGUGAAAGAACUUACCUCUCAACAGCGUGAUUUGACCAACCAACUGGAGCAGCUGCGUGCACAAGUGCGAACAGAAACCGAAGCGCUACGGGGACAAGAUUUGGCGAGAAUGAAAAAGACUACUGAGUUGGAAAACACGCGAAGCGACGCAGACCGAGAAUUAGCCGAUUUGGAACGCUUGUCCUCGCGGCAAAAGUCCGUUGGGACUGACCUUCGCCAGCUAAUCCAACAAAGGGAUCUGGUGAAAAAGCAACUGGAGCGUUUGCAACAAAAAGUCCGGGAGCUCGAAAGACGCAAAGCUGAAUUGUUGGAUUCGAUUUCUGAGGCCAAACUGGAGUUGCAUCGCGUCAGGACCGAUUCGGAAGCGGAGUCCAACAGUCUGGAGCGUAUACGCCACCGAUUCAAGGCCGAUCGAGAUGAGUUCGAGCAGCUAUCUCAACGCCUGGAUGAGAAACGUUCGGAAGUGGAUCGGCUGCAAACUCGUUUGUCGGUCAGUGAAACCGCCAUGGACACAUUCGAACAGGGCAUGACUGAACAGCGCCGUCAGCGGAUUGAACUCACUGGCGAGUUGACCAAGCUUGGAGAGGCCGUCUACACAGGUCGCUUGGCCAUUCAGUCUACGAAUGAGGAACGGGAGAAUAGCGAGUACGCUUUGCAAGAAACUCUUGGACAGCUGGACAGGGCCAGAGAGGAAUUACGGAACGUACGCGACCGAAAGCGAACCGAGCAGGCAGAAGUGGAAAACCGCUUGAUGUCUAGCCGAAAGCAGCUUCAGAAAGCCACGGAUGAACUUGCCAAAAAGCGAGCUCAGCUGGCUGAAUUGGAGGACAAGUACAAAGAAACGGAGACAAGGCUGUCAAACCUCGGUCGAACUGAAGCCAAAUGUAUCGAAUUGGAACAAGCUCUGGCUCAGCAACGAAACGACAAACAGUCCAACAAUGCUGAAUCUCAGGAAAAACCAGCCGACCCCGAAAUGCUAGCGCGCUCACUGGCCGAAACGAAAUCCGCGUUGAUCGCUGCUCAGCGUGAUUGUAAACGAGCAAAAAGGCGCUCUGCCAAGGAAUUAGCCGAGCUUGAACGUAUCGCUGAGGAACAGUGUGGUCGGGCAGGUGAUUUGACGGAACAGCUGGCUCUCGUGAAACGUCAGUACGCGCAACUCAAAGGCCAGAUUGCCUCUCAAACUGAGUUGGACGAACACGGAAAGCGUCUGGAGGCUGCAUUGGCAGCCGUUCGGGCAGAAUUGGAUCAACAUCCAUUGCACUGUUUGUUCAACGAGGCGGCUUCUGGUGGAUUGGCUGGACGAACGCAUCGUACGGUCAGCCUCGGACAAGAUUUACAGCAACCAUCUGCUUCCACACAACAUCCUCGAUCUUUCAUAUCCUCCCAGUCACAGCUGCAACCGACAUCAGGUGGCCUAUACAAACCGCGUAGGAACCAUCGAGCGGCAGUCAUUCCCGAAAUGGAUGAAAGCACACCUGGUACGGCGAACAAUACUUGCCGUACUGCCAACACAACCGCCACAUCGGGCUUGGGUUCCAGCUGUUUACAUGCCAGCGGUGCGCUACUGGAGACCAACGGUACCGGACAAGAUGCAUCAGAUGUUUCCUCACCCGAUGAUCGAGCACUGUUGAACCGGGAUGCAUUGACAGAAUCCGAUUGGAAACGUAAGAUUUCGGAUCGUGUGGCCCAGCAACGUCAACAAGCGGCUGCAGAGUGGGCCGAAUCGGACAACCAGUUUCGCGCCCUCCGAUGUCAAGUGGACGAUGUACGGGAUAGACUGGAACACGGAGGGAUGAGACGGCGGUCACAUACGGCAAAUCAGAAAAUGAACCUCCGUCUUGGCUUCCCCCGUCCUCACUUUUCAACUGGCGUAACGUUGAUCACCUACUUCAUGGCAGCCCAACUACAACCGAUGAUGUACUUCAUUCCGUACCCCAAAUGUCUUCCACCGACCAGUAGUAGCUGUUUUCACUCUCGCAAUUCGCGUAUUCCCGUCCGGCUUGCCCGUCACAGCGACAAAAACCCAGACAGAACCAUCCGUUGGCAACUCGUCACCGGUACUUUGUGGCUACAAUCUUACGAGCUUGGUUUUUGA